UAAAAAUUGAAGGCCGUAAGCCUAAAUUUGCAUAUGACCAGAAUACCAUUUGAUGAAUACUAAAACGACAAAGAAGUUUGUACAACUACAACUCUGAUCGAAUGAGCUGGCAAAAUUUCGUCGAUGAAAGUCUGUUAGGUACGAGCCAGGUAGCCAGAGCAGCUAUACAUGGUUUGGAUGGGAAACGCUACGCUUCGAGCGCUGGAUUUGUGGUUUUACCAAGUGAGGCUCAAGCAUUGAUCUGUGGAAUUACCAAAGAUCCGUCUCCUUUCUUUUCCAAAGGAAUCGCAGUGAAUAGAACAAGGUAUAUUUUUGUGAGAUCAGAUCCUGGACAUGCAAUUUAUUGUCGUAAAGGCAAUGAGGGAGUUGUUGCAGUAAAGACUAACAAGUGCCUGUUGAUUGGUGGAUACACAGAUGGAAUGCAAGCAGGGUGUUGCAGUGCUGUGAUGGAGAAACUAGCAAAUUACUUCAUUGCUAUUGGAUACUAAGAUGUUAACCCUUAAACUCCCACGAGUGACCAAAUUUCUCCUUACAAUUAUAUCAAUAAAACAUCAGAGAUAAAUGAUGAGAGUAGAGAAAAUUGACAAUGAGGGGUUGCUAGUUGAUCUAAUACAAUAUUCUGUGAACUACCAUCAUAAGAACUGUAAGGCAUUCACUAAGGAGAAUUACUGAUAAUACGUAGAGAGCGAAAGGGUAAAAUCCAUCAUUGAGGUGAUAACAAAUAUUGGCAUUAUGAAAAACAGAGAGCUUUAGCAAGUAAUUCAUAUAAAGGUGUGCAUGGAGCUGAAAUACAAGCUUGUGCUGGAGAUAUGAUCAAACUAUUUUCAGGAUUGAAUAAAAUAAUCAUAUAAGAAAGUUAGGUAAAUAAUUGAAAAAUAGUCUUCUACUGUAAUUCAAUUAAAGCAAAACAAACUUGCAGACAUUCAGGGCUAUAACAAGACUCCAAAGCUAAUGGAGAAGUUGAGGAAUAGGGAGGGAAAAAAACAACUUCCUCUUUUUGAAAUGGGUCAUCUUCAGUGGGUUACACACUCAGGUAGAAAGGACGUGCUAAAUAAAAAAAGUUAUUUUACAGGAA